CUUAUAAAAAAUAUUUCCCUUGGUAACCAUUUUCCCUGGUUAUUUUCUUGGCAGAUUUUCUGCAGAGAACUGAAAGGCAUUUAUCCCCAAGGGAGGCAGCUAUUUUGGAUUUUACUAAGAAGUCAGUUAACAUUUCUUCAACAUUCCUUUCUGUUGCUCUCUGUUUUAAAGAAAGCUCUGGUUUUGUUUCAUUUUCAGCUGGAGACUUAAAUGACACCAAGCAAAGCCUACUUAGUUUAGAUUUCCAGAAAUUGGUUGGUGAAACAUCAAACAUGAAGUUUACAGUUCUGUAUUAUUUUCUUCUGCUUAUGACUUUUCAUAUUGACUUUGGACAAAAUGAAGAAACUCCUAGGAAACAAAGGAGGAAGAUCUAUUACAGAAGAUUGAAGAAAAGUUCCUUAUCCAACCAUAAGUCAAAAAGACAGCUUGGAAUUCAGCCAACUAUUGUUGCACUAGCAGCAAAAUUUCCUACUGUUAACCUUGAUUAUAGCACUGAGGAAAACUUUGAAUCCUUUUUAAGUUUUCCUGGAAGAGAAUCAAGCUAUAAUGUGUUACCAGGAAAGAAGGGGCGCUGUUUGGUAAAAGGGAUGGUCAUGUAUGACAAAGCCGUGUGGUCUCCUGAGCCUUGCACUACCUGCCUCUGUUGGAAUGGGAAAGUGCUAUGUGAUGAAACCAUGUGCCACCCUCAGACGUGCCCUAAAACGCACAUACCUGAAGGAGAAUGCUGCCCAGUCUGCUCUGACGCUGUCACCUAUCCUCUACUCACUGAUAUAGCAUUAAAUGAUAGAAGUGAAUUUUCUGGUGAUUCUUCAGAACAAAGAGAAUCUAUCAAUUUACUUCAUAACCAACUGCCACCGACUCAGGUGGAAAUGGACCCAGUAUUAAGAAAAGAAGCACUUCAAUCUGAGGAGAAUGAAGAAGAAAUCGAAGAAGAUGAAGAUAAGGAGCAAGAGAAAAACACUGCUGGGCCUCUAGAUCCGGGAAAUUCUCACAGUGAGGAGAGCAGAGAACAGGGAAGGCAGAGCUCUCAAGUGGAGGAGAGGCAGGCACAUCAACAUUGGGGCCAAGGAAGGGAAGAAGAGGAGGAGGAGGAGGGAGAGGACGAGGAGGAGGAGGGAGAAGAUACCCUCAGAGGCGAUGUCUUCAGAAUGCCCCCUCGAGUCCCAAUACCGGCUCCUCCCAGAAACGCACCGACCCUGCCGAGCAGGUGCUCUCUGUCAUACAAGACCAUAAGUUGCAUACAUGUGGAGCUCACACAGAUCCCACCAAUAACGGCACCAGAGAUAACGAGUCUGGAGCUUGUUGGGAAUGCCAUCACUUCCAUUCCAGAUGGAGCAUUUAAUGGAUUGCCUAAUUUGGAAAGGCUUGAUCUGAGCAAAAAUAACAUCACCUCUUCAGGCAUAGGCCCAAAAGCCUUCAAGUUUUUGAAGAAGUUAAUGCGUCUGAAUAUGGAUGGAAACAAACUGAUACAGAUUCCUUCAGAAUUACCAUGUACAUUAGAAGAACUGAAAAUCAAUGAGAACAAUCUUCAGGGUAUUGAUGAAGAAAGUUUAUCAGACUUAAAUAAGUUGGUCACCUUAGAACUGGAAGGAAACAGCCUCAGUGAAACCAACGUCAAUCCUUUAGCUUUCAAACCUCUGAAGAGCCUAUCUUACCUGCGUCUGGGAAAAAAUAAAUUUAGAAUUAUACCACAGGGUCUUCCUGCUUCUAUUGAGGAAUUAUAUCUAGAAAAUAACCAAAUUGAAGAAAUAACCGAAAUUUGUUUCAAUCACACCAGAAUGAUAAAUGUUAUUGUACUACGUCAUAAUAAAAUUGAAGAAAACAGAAUUGCUCCUUUAGCCUGGAUAAAUCAAGGAAAUCUGGAAUCGAUUGACCUCUCCUACAACAAGCUCUAUCAUGUCCCCUCCUAUCUUCCCAAGUCUCUGCUGCACCUAGUGCUCGUCGGGAACCAAAUUGAGCGGAUACCUGGCUAUGUGUUUGGUCACAUGGAGCCGGGUCUGGAAUACUUGUACCUGUCAUUUAAUAAACUCACCAAUGAUGGAGUGGACCCAGUCUCAUUCUAUGGGGCAUACCAUUCUCUGAGAGAAUUGUUUCUGGAUCACAAUGACUUAAAAUCUAUACCAUCUGGCAUACAAGAAAUGAAGGCGCUCCAUUUUCUGAGGUUGAACAACAACAAGAUACGGAAUAUUUUUCCGGAACAAAUUUGCAAUGCUGAAGAAACUGGCGAUUCAAAUCUGGAACAUCUUCAUCUUGAAAACAAUUAUAUUAAAACAAGAGAAAUAUCAUCCUAUGCAUUUUCAUGCAUAAGAUCAUAUUCAAACAUCAUUCUUAAACCACAAAAUAUCAAGUAAUUCAACGUUUUCCUUUGUCAUUUACAAAAUGUACUCAUAUUUGCUGUAGUAGUAUUCGUCAUUAAUAAGAGAUAGAUAAUUCCCAUGUUGUACUCAAUAUCACUAUGAUAGUCAACUUGACUUGCCAAUCUACAGAUGAUCAACCAAAAAUAUAUCUAGAAGAUGUAGACAUCUAGGAGUUUCCCACCACUAGAAAGAAGCCGAGUAGUUGCAAAUUUUUUUCUCAUGAGAACAGGAUGUUAUGCACUGCCAAACUAGACUGGGAGAAUCUGAAAAAGAGUAAACACAUCCUUUUCAAGAGACCCGAAUGAAUACUGCUAUUAGCUAAGAAUUCCCAAGUCCCAUUAAAAAUUACGUAUGUUAUGGUUCACAACUAAGAAGUAUAUUGGCAAGAAAAAUAAUUAUUACAAUUUAUGAAUUAGUGUUGUUUAUUAUCCUGUUAAAAUAGUAAUUAAUAAUUUCUGUAACACCCUAUGUUAAAUUACUGAUAUGAAUACACUUAACUUUAGUUCCUUCUAGUAAUUACAUGUGUGAAAUUAAAACAUUAUAGUAAUACUAAUUUCCUAAUUUCCAUUAUUAAAUUGUACUAUGGUUAUUUAAGUUGUUAACAUUGGAGGAAACUGGGAGAAGGGUCUAUGUGGAUGCUAUAUUAUUUUUGAAACUUUUCUGUAAUUCUAAAAUUAUUUUUUUAAAAGUUAAAAAGCUCUAGUUUCAUUAUUCUUUACUCAAGAUCAAAAGAUUUUAUGAAAAGUGGUGGAGUUUGCCUAAAUUACAAGUUGAUUAUCCUUGGCUACUACCUUGUAAAUGUAAACCUACUACAUGAAUUUUCGAAAAUUUUUGCUGCAUUGAUCAUUGUCACCACUCAUCUCUUUGCCCUAAUUUGCUGAAGUGUAUUAAUUUUUUUCACUUCAAUUUAUUAUAAAGCGAUUAUUACUUACUAUGUACUAGUGCCUACCAAAACUAUAUAUUAAAAUUUCCAUUACAUAAUGAUCUUUUAUCUAUGUAUUGCUAAAAAUUUACAAAAGACAAAUAUAGAAACUAUGUUAA